GCAUCGUCAACUUCGAGGAGGUUGAUGGGAUUGCAUGGCUGUCGUCCGCCAUGAUGGUCUUUGAAAAAUUUCCUCUAUACCUUCGAGUAAAGCGCUUAUUAUGCAUUCUUCAUGGAGGUGAGAUACCCAGCUUCACCAUGGACUAAACUUAGAAACUCUACUCUUUCUAAUUGAACCAUAAAAACCCGUUUACACGGGUUUUUUGGACUGCUAUCUGCCUUGCAAUCGCGUGGCCUCGUGGUUCUCCUACGAGGACUAAGAACCACUCGCAAAGAUGAGCAAGCUCUCGUUCCGCGCCCGGGCGCUCGACGCCUCGAAGCCCAUGCCCAUAUACCGGUCAGAAGAAAUCCCAGAUCUUCCGGAUUUUGCUGCGAUCAACAGAGCAGUGCCUCAAAUGCCAACGGGAAUGGAAAAAGAGGAAGAAUGCGAACACCACCUACAGCGUGCCAUCUCAGCGCAGCAAGCAUUUGGUCAUACAGGAGAGCUGGUCAUCCCCACACCUGAAGUGUAUACCAUCGGUGAUGAACUCUUUGACGAGCUCUACCCUCCAAAUUACAAGCUUUCAAGGCAACUCAUACACAUGCAACCAUUUGCGAUGGAUCAGGACAUCCCGGACUAUGACAUGGACUCUGAGGAUGAAAAGUGGCUCACACAGCAGGCAAAAAAAAUGGAAAUCAUCCCUUUACAGUUUGAAGAGAUGAUGGAUCGACUAGAAAAGGGCAGUGGGCAGCAGGUGGUCACGUUGCACGAGGCAAAGACACUUUUAAAAGAAGAUGACGAUCUCAUCAUUGCGGUGUAUGACUAUUGGCUCAAUAAAAGGUUACGAACGCAAUGCCCCUUGGUGCCUCAAGUUAAAUCUGAAAAGCGCGAUGGAUCAAAUAACAGUAACCCAUAUGUCGCCUUCCGGAGAAGAACAGAAAAAAUGCAGACAAGAAAAAACCGGAAAAACGACGAAGCAUCGUAUGAAAAAAUGCUGAAGCUGCGAAGGGACUUAAGUAGAGCAGUGACACUUCUAGAAAUGGUCAAGAGGAGAGAAAAGACGAAACGAGAGCACCUCCAUCUCACAAUAGAAGUGUUUGAAAAGAGGUAUCAAGUGGGUGACUUCAAUGGCCAGAUCAUGGCAGAAGUCAUGGCCAUGAAGAAUUCCAGGCCAAGCUAUGUUUCUGUAAAUAAUAGUCAAUUGUCAAGGCAAGAAUCUAGGUUAUCAAAGCACCGGUCUGAAGAUGGCAUACCUCGAAAGAAGCGGGAGUACACCAAGCGUCGAAACAAAGAAAUUCCUAGUCUGUGCCCCAGCCAAGUGAGCUAUGCCCGUUCAGAGCUGGAAAUGGGCCUGUCUGACAUGCCCAGCUCAGAUGAUGAGGCACUAUCACCGGUCACAUCGCCAUCUGACAAUGAAGACGAAAACGAUCCGGAUGGUCCUUAUGCUUUCAGAAGAAAGAAGUACUGCAACUACCAUGCUCCCCUUUUGGAGCGGCUCGGGAACUACCCCUGGUGUAGCCCUGAGGAAGGAGGUGCGGGAGAGCGCAAGUACCGCUACUGCCUAACCACCUUGACCGUACCAAAGCCUCACUGCAUUGGUUUCGCCCGCCGGAGGAUAGGCAGAGGUGGCAGGAUAUUGCUGGACCGAGCAUGGACUCCUUUGGAUGACUACUGGCCAGACUUGGACGUAGCGCUAAACCAGUCUAUGCCCAAUGGCCUGCCCCCCAGCAAUGACUUCCUGUCAGAGGUCAAGAACGAAUGGUUGCACUUCCGGCCGCAGCGCAACGGCAGUGGUCUGCUGCCCGAGCCAUCGCGGCCAGAGCCCCUGUCGGGUGGCCCCGUGGGCUCGGCUGCUGCCGAAGCUGGGGCUGGUGCUGGUGGCAGUGGCAACCACCCUGGCGUCUCUACACCUGUAACCCCCAGUAGUGUGCCGUCCUCGUCGUCUGCUCCGACGACGGAUUACGAGAGCUUCCAGAGCCACCAGGAGGAGUUGUUCGAAAUGCAGCGAAAGCAGCUGGAGAGGUUAAAAGGUGUGACAACAGCAUCAGGAGCGAGUGAUGGUGCGGAAGGGGGCUCCAAGCAUCCCGGAAUCAGCAGCAGGGCGUCUUCAACAGCACCUACACCGGGGAGGGCUGCACCCAGCGGGUCGUCGCACUCGACGCUGGAUCCUGCCAGCGUUGAGUUUGCUGUCUCUGCGCUGCUGAGCACAACGGAGGUGUCUGGCAUCCUGAACUCUUUGGUGUCCUCGCCAUCGGUGACAACAGCAGCCUCCCUAGGGGAUGGAGCUGGGUCCACUGUCACAGCUGCGGCUCAGGCUAGGCUUGCAGUGGCAGCAGCCAACGGCCCUUCGACAGACGCAGCUCGAACAGCCAACGAAGGGGACGUGCUGCGGACAGCGCCCAAGCAGCAGCCCGGAGGCCAAGUGGCUCCGGAUGCUGGUGCGGAAGCCGACUCGCACCUAAUGGCCGCUCUGCCGCCCGUGGAGCUCGGCAACAAGCUGCCAUCAUCACUCACAGACCUCCGCUAUUCCAUCCUGGAACAGAAUGGAAACGAAGGGAACAAGGCACGCCACGAGCUGAGCAGCAGCAACCUGGCUCGGGUCAAGUUGGAGCCAGAUGGCGGUUUGCCCAUGGAUGUGACCUGACAGCCGCCCCACCGCUUUCUGGAGUCCCGCCGAGUUUCCCGUUGCCAUCCUGUGGCAUCGAUGGCUGCCGUUGCCGCCGAAGGCGCGCAGCCACUGCCGGCGCAAGCCGCAUCUCCCCUGCUCAGCCGUUCGGAGCGGCAGCGCGGUGCUUUUGGGUGGAGAGGUGCUCAGACCAGGCCCGCUGCUCGCCCAGUCUGGGUGGGAUCACACCCUCGUCGCCACCUCCGUUUGGCUGGCCGCCGGAAAAAGACCUUCACGUUCUGCUCAACUGACACACGUUGUGACAGCUGUGACCUCCUGUUUGUUACCCGUUUGUCGUUGGUUGUCGGCACCGAAAAAGAGGAAGGGCAGAGUGUCGGUGUGCGCUGUAAGAGGCGCUGCUGCUACUGCUGCCUCUCUGUCGGCUUUCCCUCUCCUGUUCCAGCUUGCUUUUUCCCACUGGUAGUUUUUUUGUUGUUACUAGGUGACGGAGUUGAUUUGGCAGUUCGCCAGCUUGACCUGCACGUUGAACCUAAAAAAAAAAAAAACUUUUUUUUUUCUUUAACUUCUUAUGUGUAAGACACUAGAGCGACUGCUUACACAGUUCUGUGCAUGGCUGUCACAGGUGACCUUCGUGGUUACUUGCCGUGUGUGCUUCUAAAUGUGCUUCGUCAUAGUGUAAAUUGCAACUGAGAAUUACAUCUGUCAAUUACAUCAAUUGCUGCCAGUGGGAAAAGUAAAUUGUUCUUAUGAGGAAAGCACACAGCCCUUUAUAAUGUGUCAGCGCUGGAAGCAUUGUUACAGUGAAAAGUUGAUCAAAGUUAAUUUCAGAUGUGCAGUCCCCCCCUUUUUUUUGUGCCCUCCCAAAUAAGUUACCCCGGGACAAACGACAGUCGAAAGAGGUAAAGGGCUCUGUGCAAAAUACUGAAAAUACUGUUUCUGGCUGUGUUGAUGUCACUGGUGCAGAUGCUGUAUCAAGCAAAGGUGUUGUUCAAGAGUGUACAAUUGUAAAAAAAAAAAGGAAAGCUGUGCAAAUGUAGUAUAAUUAUGUUUCAGGGCAAAAUGUAGAAAGGGGAGGUCUUGCUUUGGAAGGAGAAGGAAGAAGACGAGAACAGCAGCAAUUUUUUUUUUUUUUCAAUCUUUUUCAAGGACUGUUGUGCACUCGUGUUUGAUAUUUCUUUUCCUGCCCUUUUAUGGUGCGCAAUGGCAACGGCCACAUCCAUGGCUUGGUUCUGUAGCUGUGAUAAUACCUCAUAAACAGGGACUUCUGUA